AGUUGGUUGCAUAUGGCAAUUCAACAACCGACGGCCAAUGUAAGAAACGCAGCCAAGGAGGCAGGGAAGUUGGAGCUGAUUGGCGAUCGUGCUCUUGGUAAUGUUUCGUAAGAGGUUAAUUAGUUUUUCAGUGUAUUAUCUAGUGAGUAGGGUUGAGACCGAAGCGGCUGUUAGCAUAGCGCAACAGCCGCUUUGCUCACUCACUCAACUCACCAGAUAAUACAAUGAAAACCAUCUAUGGGGGAUAAAAUCAAAUUUCAAUUGCUUAUUUUUUUGUCUUUUUUUUUAAUUUUUAGGCUUGAUUAUAGUGGAUGAAUGUGAAACGCGGAAGCCAGAAUAUGGAGCGAGCCAAUUGACUACAGUCAAAUCAGCUUUGGCCUGCAACAACACCUUGGCGGUCAUCGCGAUAAGAAAAAAUUUGCAUCUAGUAAUGCAGCAGAAAUUGACCUCUAGCCAAGAAACGAUCUUACAGGCCUUUGUGGAUCAGCAAAUUGAAAAUAGACACAUUUUCAGUCAUCAAAAGGAUGUAAGAAUGAUUCCAUCUCCGAAGGGUAAUUUGCAAUGGGAAAUGGAUUACCCAAAAGUAUUUGCUGAUUUAUUCGAGGCAAUUCUUGGCGCCGUAUACAAGGAUUCGGGAAAGGACCUUGAAAAUACUCGAAAAGUUGUCCUUGACGCGAUGGAGGAAACCAUUUCGAACUUUCUGCAAAAUACCCCCAUAUGCCCGUUAAAAAGGGUAACUGAUAUUAACCCCCAAGCAGUUUUCCGGUAAACAAUGAAAAAAACCUAACCUAACCCAUACGUGAACCUAUCUGCUUCACUUUGAUUUUUUUGCAACAAUCUCCACCUCCCAGAUGGGAGCGCUCACGUUACGCUUGAAGUGAGUCCUGCAACGCCACUCC